AUUUAACAGUGAUCAUUGUACAAGCUUUGUUGUACAUGUUGAUCUCAGAAAGAACUUCCAUACUCAAAAUGAUUUUUGAAUAACUAGAGACUUUUGACUUGGUCAAUUUGCCCUUAAAUUAAAUUCUUGGGUCAAAGCACAAAUAAAUGUCUAACUUUUAUUAUUCAAUGAGCUCGGGAGCUUCAAACAAAUGUGAACCUUCUGUGAAGUGUAAGGCAGAACAUGUACACCUAUCAGUGAAAAAGAUGAUCCCUCUCCAUGCUGAGGAUUAUGUUUUCAUCUGGGAUUACAGAUGGUUAUGUUAACACUGGCUGUGGUCUUAAUGGCAAUGGGUUAAUACUCGGGACUUAAUUCUAUUUAAAAGCCCUUUGCCAAGUCGUAUACUGUAGACAUUUGGAGUAGCAUCGAUUGGGAUCAUUUUUAUUGCAAAAUGCAGUAGUUCGAGACCUACUGAAUGUAUUCUUCACUAAUUACAGGGGAGAAAUUGGUGUAACAUUCUGUACCACUUUGCAGUUUUAUUAAGAACCUUUUCCAAUUUUUGCACAAUUUCUUUGAUGGAAUCUACUGAGAUGGAAUCAAAAUCAGAAGCUACCAACAUCGUGCUGAAAACCGAACAGAAAUCUCCCCAACAGGAGCAGAUCCUCAACACAACGAGCCUCUCACAUCAUAAUCGAAUGGAUGGACAGCCUUCCACCUCAAGCCCAGCACAAACCACAACUAAACCUGCUGGUUUAAACAAUGAGGAGCCUCCCCAUACCUUCGAUAAGAUGCAGGGACAAAGUCUCGGUGACAUGAAUUUGUCAUGGCCAGGACUUAACUAUCAGAAACUUGGGCAUGAUGACCACCGUAGCUCUACACCCCACAUCUCUGUAACUGAGAGUACUCCAGACAGAACCAGGAAACUUCAGGUACCCGUCACCAAACUACAGGUACCCUCUCAGUGUGACAAUUCCAUAAAGGAAGAAUUGCCAGAUGAACAACAACGGUUGAUGAGUAUGAUCUGCCAUGGACAGCGUGGGCGUAUGGACGAUCAGUGCUGUUCCUUGGAAGCUAGCAAGAGUGCUCCUUGUACACCCAAACACACAGACGCAAAGCUUUCUAUUAGUACAUUAAAUGCAGGUCCAGACUCUGAAAAGUUUUUUAAUCUCUUGGCCAACACGCAGAGCCACCGGCUUGAUGACCAGCGAAUGACUCUUCCAUCAUUACCAGGGUUACAGAAAGAAAAUGCCACAUCAACAGCAGGAGAUUCUGGCUACUUGUGUUACAUGGUCUCUAAAGUUCAAGGUUCUAGAAUGGAAGAACAGAGAUGCUUGCUACCUCGAAUCCAAACCAAGGAGACUCACUCUUCUCCAAAAAAGGAUAAGCCUGUGUCUGAGGCAGGCCCUCCACGCUCAGCCUCUUUCAGUCCUAGUUCAGACAUAGAGCGGCCAAGGAGUAAGGAUAAAGCAUCUGAAAAACCGGUCUUGACUCCAGAUGAACAAGAUGAUUUUUUUAACUUUGUGAGUAAUUCCCAGCGUGGGCGAAUGGAUGAGCAGCGAUGUGUCUUGAGUGUUAGUCCACAGUCUACACCCAAACACAAACCCAACCAGAGCACCAUUCCUAAAGGUCCAGGUUCUGAAAAUUUUUUCACAAUGCUGGCCAACUCUCAAAGCCAACGGCUUGAUGAUCAGCGAGCAUCUCUAAUUUCAUUGCAAGGGAUACAAAAUGGAGGAUCCACAUCAACAUCAAAUGCUGCUGAGGUGGAUGCGAGCUACUUAUGUUACAUGGUCUCCAAAGUGCAGGGGUCAAGGAUAGAUGAACAGAGAUGCCCUGCACCCCAAAUCUCUCAGAAUAUUGGGACCCCAUCUGCUCAGCGUAAAGACCAGACCAAUGCAGACACAUCUACUAAAGCUCCACAGAGGUCUGCAUCCUUAAACCGGGACAAACCUGACCAACAUCAGCCGGAGGCAUCUCAAGCUGAGCAGAAGAAGUUCCUCCAAAUGAUCAGUCAUGCACAAAGUGGACGGAUGGAAGAGCAACGGUGCUCUUUACAACCGAGUAGAAGUACACCUGCCACACCCACACACACCCACGCAACAACAGGUGCAGAGGCGGAUGCAUUCUUCAAAAUGCUUGCUUCCAGUCAGUCACGGCGUCUAGAUGAUCAGCGUGUUUCACUUACUACUUUGCCUGGGAUAAGUGAGAAUUCUGAACAAAAAAAAUAUAUAAAGGCUGAAAUCCCUGCUUGUCCCCCACUAAUCACUGUGGCUGAAAGUACACCAACAACACCAAGGAAGGGCGGACCAAACUCUCAACCCCAAAUGAACAACGCAGACCCUGGCUCUCCCAGCACUUUGCCUAAAUCGGCUUCAUUUAGCCCUGAAACUGAAUACUUGAAAAAUCUUAACUUUCCAGCACAGGUAACACUGAGGGUGUCCAUGAGUUUCACACCACAACAGGGACGAGAGAAUGUUGUUCAACCAUGUACGUUCCCAGAGGUCUAUCUGACUCUAGGGGCCCCAGGAGAUAACUUUGUGAUUCCGCUGAGUCCAGGGCCUGGAAGACCUCUGUCCUUUAACUUAAACCUUGUCCCAAAAGAGGAUGUUACGUCAAAGCAUGACUCUCCAAGCUGUGGAAGUCCCAGGAAGGCCAAUUCAAGACCAUCAUCUCCUAACCCAGUAGCAACCAGAUCCUCAAGCCCACAUAAACUGGAGAAGCUUGUGGCCAGCUCUACUGGUCCACUUGAAGACUGUGUCUCUCUGAUUGAGCAGAGUCAUACAGCCCAGUUGCAGAAAGGGAUGGCUCAAGGAGGACAAAAGUGUAAAGGGAACCCCGGAAAGGGGAGAGAAAAGGUAGACCAAGGAAAGGGAAAGGGGUGUGGAAAGAAAGAUAGGAAAGAUGGUGGCAAAUAGGCAGUAGUAAAGUAUGCAACUAUGUAAUUAUCCAUUGAAGAAAACAACAGAGAUUAAAUGUGAGGUAUUGGAAACUGGCUUGAAAUACAAAAGAUUCAAUAAUAAUCACAAGAUUAAAUUUGUAGUUUUGAUGUGCCCUCACUAAUUUCAGUGUUUUACUGCAAGUAUAGUGUAACCUUAUUUUUCUUUGACAGUUAAUUGUCACUCAUAUUUGCAUUUAUUAUACAUCAGUGAUUUAUUUGCCUUUUCUGAAAAUGGACUAUAUAACAUUAAAAAAAGAAAAACACCUGUAAGUAAACCUGACAAUUGACAAUAAGCCAUUCAUGAUUAUUAUUUGUGAAUUCACUUUGACAUAUGUUCAGUGUUCGACAUGCUUUUAGAUUAGAUAUGCUGAAUGCACUGAAAGGAAAACGGAACCCUUAAAUUGUUUUCGACAUUUAUUGAAGAUUUACAGAGGGAAACAACCGCUCUUAUUGUAUGACGUCAGUUGAAAGGCUUCCACAAGAAGACCAGCUGCAUCUUAUUCAGCAGAGUCACUUCCCUGGAAUUAAGGGAGACAAUUAUUAUUUGGGAGCAGCAUAUCAACAGGAUUACUAUACUGGUGGAAAAUUGAAUAACAAAAUUACAAUUGCAUAUAUACUAUGUGUUGAAUAUAUUUGGCGUAAUGGACCUUUUCCUCAACAGACAUCAUUUGACAUGAAAUAGUAGGAUAAAACACAAGAGAGCCUGGCUCAUGCUAUUGUUCAGAUGUAAGGGUACGUCACAAUAAAUGUGUGACAUGUUAA